UGGGCCAUGGCUAGCCGGGUGGCAGAGCUGGGGACCGAGCUCCUGUCCUUCGAGCGGUUCCGAGAAGCGAGCGCACCGCGCCUCGCCUACGGCUACGGCCCGCGUAACCUGCGCGAACUGCGGGAGAGCGAGUUUGGUCGCCUGGCAGGAACUGUUUACCUUGACCAUGCAGGAGCCACCUUGUUUCCCCAGAGCCAGCUCACAAGCUUCACUAAAGAUCUCAUGGAAAAUGUUUAUGGCAAUCCGCACAGUCAGAACAUCACCAGCAGGCUCACCUAUGACACCAUUGAGCAGGUGCGCUGCAGGAUUCUGGCUCACUUCCACACUACCCUGGAGGACUACAGUGUGAUCUUCACAGCUGGGAGCACAGCUGCUCUCAGGCUUGUAGCAGAAGCCUUUCCGUGGGUGCCCUGGGGUCCAGAAAGCAAUGGGAGUCGGUUCUGCUACCUCACCGACAACCACACCUCCGUGGUGGGCAUGAGGAAGGUGGCUGCAACCAUGAAUGUCCCAUCCACCCCGGUCAGACCAGAGGACAUGUGCUUGGUGGAGGAACGGGGUGCUGUGCCCCAUGACACUGACUGUCAACUUCCUCAUCUCUUCUGUUACCCUGCUCAGAGUAACUUUUCUGGAAUCAGAUACCCCUUGUCCUGGGUAAGAGAUGUCCAGUCUGGGCAGAUGAACCCUGUGAGCACACCUGGGAAGUGGUUUGUGCUGCUUGAUGCAGCCUCCUAUGUGAGCACCUCACCUUUGGAUUUAUCGGUGCACCAGGCAGACUUUGUCCCCAUCUCCUUUUAUAAGAUCUUCGGAUUUCCCACUGGCCUGGGUGCUCUGCUGGUCAAUAACCGUGUGGUCCCUCUACUCAGGAAAGGCUACUUUGGAGGAGGGACUGCUUCUGCCUACCUUGCAGGAGAGGACUUCUACAUCCCGAGGCCAUCAGUGGCUGAAAG